AUGUACCGCCGCAAGAAGGAGCACAAGCGCGGCAUCAAUUACUCGCUCAUGCUAGUCGGCGACUCCGGCACCGGUAAGACCACGUUCGCAAACAAUCUGCUCGAGAGCCCCAUAUUCCCACACCGCUUCGCCAUGGACGCGCCGCAGCUGGCUUUCAACCCGCGUGUGCAGAUCGCCAAGCCCACCAUGGUCGUUUCCUACAACUCCAAGAAUGGCAUUCCGUCACACAUGGCUCAGUUCGAUGCGUCGCGCGAGCAUUUCGAGCCCGGCAUCACCAUAACGUCCACGUCCGUUGAGAUCGCGACCGGCGCAGAGCAGCCUCCGUCGCGGUCCUCCAUGUCCAGCGAGGCGUCGUCUUCGGCCCAGAGCAAUUCCCACAGCCAGGACAAAAUCUCGUUCAACCUGGUCAAGACCCAUGGGCUCGGCGAAAACCUCGACAACACAAUGUGUUUCGACGAGAUCACCGCUUUUCUCGAGCAGCAGUUCGACCAGGUGCUAGCGGAAGAGACCCGUGUCAAAAGAAACCCCCGCUUCGAGGACACCAGAGUCCAUGUCACCUUGUAUUUUAUCCCGCCCACGGGCCACGGGCUCAGAGAAAUGGACGUUGAGAUGAUCAAGCGUCUUUCGCGGUACACAAAUGUUCUACCAAUAAUUUCUCGAGCAGACUCGUUCACUCCAGAGGAACUAAUCAAGUUCAAGAGGCAAAUUAUGGACGACGUCGAGCGCUUCCACGUUCCAGUCUACAAGUUUGAGGUCGAUCCCGAGGAGGACGACAUCGAGACGAUUGAGGAGAACCAAGCCCUCGCAAUGAUGCAGCCAUUCGCCAUCAUGUGCUCCGACGAGAAGAACGAAAACGGUGAAUACGUAAGGCUUUAUCCUUGGGGCGAGAUGCGUGUGGACGAUGACUCGAUUUCUGACCUCCGAGUUCUGAAGAACGUUCUAUUCGGCUCUCACUUCCAAGAGUUCAAAGACACUACUCAGAACUUCCUGUACGAAAACUACAGAGCGGAGAAGUUGUCGUCAGUCUCUGAAUGGGACAUGGACAAAGAGAAGGGCGAGUCUAGCAAACGGGACUCUGCGGCACCAAGCUUAUCUAACUUUGCCUCGCUGAUCACCACAGGUCAGUUUAAGUCCACAAACUCUCUGGCCAUGCCACCUCAGUCUGAAACUCCAACAACUCCCGAUUCCAAAGAAAUUAGCCAAGGCGUCUCUGACUCCCCUGCUUUGAGACAAAUGUCACAAAGCAUAAGGCGUGGCAAUGAAGAGAUCAUUCAAAACAUCAAGAAUUCACCACGCACCUCGACGCCCGGUUCCCCUGACAAGUCAAAGCUGAGAAACAUCUCAGAGACUGUUCCUUAUGUAUUGAAGCAUGAGCGCAUAAUCGCCAAACAGCAGAAGCUCGAAGAAUUAGAGGCACAGUCCGCCAAGGAGCUUCAAAAGCGAAUUCAGGACUUAGAGAAGAGGGCUGCCGAGUUGAAACUGAGAGAAAAGCUACUUCGUCAGCAGCACUUGAACAGUUCAAACACCUCCCUCAACUCGAGACAAUCUGCACAACAGUCGAUGGCUCCUCAAUCGAAGUUGAAAAAGGAGGAAAGCGUUACUGAUCUAGCAUCUAUAGUGAGUGGCAAGGCAUAA